CCAUGACUGAGCACUUUAAAGAAACAAGUACUUGCUCUAUUUGCCUAACUUAUCUCAAAAACCCCAUCUACCUGAAAUGUGGAUUCUUCUGCUGCCUCCAGUGCAUGGACUCACUGCAGAAGGGGCCCCACGGGGAGGGUAUGCUGUGCCCCAUCUGCCCUGUGGUUUCUCAGAAGGGUGACAUCAGGCCUAAUCUGCAGGUAGGGGAGCUGGUGUCCAAGGUCAAGGAACUGGAGCCCCAGCUGAGAGCUGUUCUACAGAUGAACCCCAGAAUAAGGAUGUUCCAAGUGGAUAUGACCUUCGAUGUGGACACAGCCAAUGACCAUCUCAUCAUUUCUGAUGACCUGAAGAAGGUUUGCUGUGAGAGUUUCAAGCAGAAUAGGGGCCAGCGAGCUGAGAGAUUCAACUAUGGCUUGUGUAUCCUGGGGUCCCCUUUGCUGAUUUCUGGCCGUCACUACUGGGAAGUGGAUGUGGGCAAGAGUGAAGAAUGGGAUGUGGGCAUCUGCAAAGAAUCAGUUACUAGACAAGGGGAGAUCCUGCUGUCUACAAAACAGGGUUUCUGGACUGUGGGGUUGAGAAGAAGUCUAUUUUUCACUGCAUGCACCUCACCCUUGACCACUCUGUUGGUGAAUCCCCUGCCCCACCGGGUGGGGAUUUUCCUGGAUAUGGACAUGGGUACCAUCUCCUUCUAUCACGUCGGCGAUGGGUCCCAUAUCUUCACAUUCACUAACAUUCCUACUGAAGAACCAUUGAGGCCAUUUUUUGCUCCUUCAAAUGCAGCUGCCAACAGUCAAAACUAUCAAAACUACCUAUGCCUCUGUCCUUCAGUGGACAGGCUCAUCCCGGGCAGGACAAAUGAAGCCAUGAACACAAAAUGUCUGUAGAAAUUACUGAGUGUCCAGACCAGAGCUGGAAAUGUUUCUGCUUAUUAUAAUAAUACAGCAAGAAAAAGUGGUGGGUCAUGUUAUGACUCAUGAAUACAAUUUCACUAUAUAAAUUAUGGAACAUUUACAUGUCAGAUAUGAAAUAAUAUUUCCAUGCUGUUUGGGGGAGACUUAUGUUUAUAUUUCUGUUCCAGGAGGUAUUUUGAACUUUCACACAGUUUGCAAGUGUAUUCAUUUUUAUUUUCUAUAAGAUCAACUUGGUGUUUUGUGGCGCUCAA